CUCCCUUGCACCCGGCCUGGCCAAGCUGGCUGGAACCCUGAGUGCCCUGGGGGUCGGGGGAGGUGGACGUUCUAACCAUCCCUAACUCUAGCACACUUCCCUGCUGUGUGACCUUGAGCAGGUCACUUCUCUCUGAGCCUCAGUUCCCAUCUGUAAGAUGGGUAUGAUCAUACCCAGCUGCACGUAACCAAAGUCAGUAGCUGAGACAAACUGGGGGUGAUGCUUUCAAAACAAGGGGCCAGAGGCGGGCAGCUCCCCGAAGUGUCAGGGACCCCAUCUCCACCAUCCUUGGUGUACAGCUGGCUCCUACACCUCCAGGCAUCAGGGCAGCAUCCAGGAAGGAAGAAGGUAGAAAGGCCAAAGCCCCUGAACCCCCAGAGACUCGUGUUUUUGAGACAGGACACAUUGCCCAGGAAAUUCUGUCUAUACUGUGCCGGCUGGUGCCAGGUAUGACUGGCUACAGGGAGAGUUAGUGGUCCCCAGUGUAGGGCCACCCAAGCAAACUGGGAGUUCUGUUGGAGAAAAGGCAAGAAUGGAUGUUGGGAGGCAACUCAUGGCGUCCGCCAGCCUGCUCUUCUAGGUGGUACACUGUGAGGGUGGCAGAGAGGAGUUAUUCUAGAAAGUGAAGUGUGUUACAAGUGCAGCGUGUGCUCUGGGCUCUCAGCAAAGCGGAAAGGCAGGAUCGGGCUGGGGAGAUGGGUAAGGUGAGCAGUGGGUCCUCAGAGACCAGGACGUGCAGGCUGUGAUGGCGGCGCCCAUCCUGCUUCCCAGGAGCAUGAGGGGGGAGCACGGGCUUAGGAUGUGAAUCGGUCUGAGUCUCCACUCCCUCAUCUGUAAAGUGGAGCUUACGACCCGGAGGCUUCAGGGAGCUGAUAUCUGCACCCACCACACACUGCUGCUGGCCCGUAACGUGUAACCACUCUCAUUAGGACUUUGGUUCAACUUGAGAAUCGUAGGCGAGAGAAGCCCAGGAGACUCUGGCCUGCAGCUCCCAUGGCCAGAGCUCCUCCUGGGAAGGCUUGUCUUGAGUGAGUGUCAUUUGUGUGACCAGAUCACACUGAGGCGGCAGUUCUGAGUUUUCCACCAUGACACGCAUGAUGGGUGACACACAUAUGCUGGACCCAUGCCCCAGCAUCCUGUCUGUAGCUGCCCCCAGAACGGGGGUGGGGGGUGGUGGUGGUGUGUGAGUGAGAUUGAUGAUGCAUUAAUUUACCUUUUGAAAAGUGUAUAAUUGGCAACUUUAAUACUUUUUUAUUGGUAGCAGAUUUUUGCCACACAUGUCAUAACUGAAACCCAUGGGGGCAGUCCCAGCCCUGAGGCUGAGAGCUGCUUCCAUGCAAGGGUCUCCUUGCCACCACCAGAGUUGCUGGUGAGCAGUGCCUCGGCUCUAGCCUCACUAUAAGUAGCCAGGUGUUCCAAGGUGUGACUAGCUGAGGGACAUGAAUUGUAGUAUACUUCUCUUCUCAGGUACGUAUAGUAUAUAUGUAAAUAUAUACUAUAUUAAAAAAUAUUUUUUCCCACAAAGAGCUAGUGACUAAAAAUAUAUCAGUGUUAAAUGUUAUAUUGAGAAGGAAAACUAGUGAAAGCAUACGGAAAAAAGUUAAAAUAGUUACUUCCUUUAUAAUCCUCAGCUCUUACUAGUUUAAGUAAUCCUGGUUCCUCUACCCCGGCACAGGGAAAAGGCCUCUUUUCCUCACCACAGCUCUGGGUCCCUCUCACCAUAGCCUUUGCAGGGCACCAGGAUGUCUACUGGCCUAACACAUGGGGCUCAGGGCCCCUGCUGGCUUCCUCUCUUUUGGAAGGAGAUUUCUUAGAGCCCAUCAGAGGGGACCCCAAGGUCCCACCCGACACCGCGCCUCUUCCCCUUGCCACACAGAAAACAAGCCAGUGUGUGACCUGACUUGAGUUAAACUUAGAGGCCAGGAGCUGAGUGAGUAGAAGAGAAUAGUUUCUCUUUCCCUCCACUUCUGUCCACACUUUCUCUUCAACAGUUUACAAUUUACAAAUACUUUUUCCUCGGUAAAUGUUAGACAGCUUCCCCAAAACUUUUAAAACUGCCUCCAACUUGGCUCCUUCAGCAAAUGGGCCCCACCAGGGCCUAUCUUUUCUACAUCCAUAAAAUGUGAUUGCCUCUUGCUAGACCUGGGACCCCCCGUCCCCUAAAGGAACAGAGCUGGAUGGCGGCAAGGCCUCUGCCAAAUUGUGUGAGAACACGCCCAGGUGUUUAAGCCAAAAUCCGAGGAGGUUUCUUCCCAAACAGAACAGCCGACAGGAAGCUGCGCGCCAUGAAGUACACGCUGUGCAGUGACAACCAUGGCAUCAAGCCUCCCACCCCGGAGCAGUACCUGACCCCCCUGCAGCAGAAGGAAGUGUGCAUCCGGCAUCUGAAGGCCCGGCUGAAGGACACACAGGACCGGCUCCAGGACCGGGACACGGAGAUCGAUGACCUGAAGAUGCAGCUGUCGCGCAUGCAGGAGGACUGGAUCGAGGAGGAGUGCCACCGCGUGGAGGCCCAGCUGGCCCUGAAGGAGGCCCGCAAGGAGAUCAAGCAGCUCAAGCAGGUCAUCGACACCGUCAAGAACAACCUGAUUGACAAGGACAAGGGGCUGCAGAAGUACUUCGUGGACAUCAACAUCCAGAACAAGAAGCUGGAGACGCUGCUGCACAGCAUGGAGGUGGCCCAGAACGGCUUCGCCAAGGAGGACGGCGCCGCCGAGUCGGCCGGCGGGUCCCCCGCCCGCUCCCUUACCCGUAGCUCCACCUACACAAAGCUGAGCGACCCCGCUGUCUGCGGCGACCGCCUGCCGGGUGACCACCCAGGCGCCUCUGUGGAGGACGGGGCUGACAGUGGCUUCGCGGCGACCGACGACACUCUGAGCCGGACGGAUGCACUGGAGGCCAGCAGCCUGCUAUCUUCGGGGGUGGACUGCGGCCCCGAGGAGGGCUCCUCGCUGCACGGCUCCUUCAGCCUGGGCCCCCGCUUCCCCGCCAGCAACACCUACGAGAAGCUGCUGUGCGGCACGGAGGCCGGCGUGCAGGCCAGCUGCAUGCAGGAGCGCGCCAUCCAGACGGACUUCGUGCAGUACCAGCCGGACCUGGACACCAUCCUGGAGAAAGUGACCAAGGCCCAGGUCUCCGGGACAGUCCCCAAGUCAGGGGACAGGUGCCCGGAGUUGGAUCCCCACCCCCUGGGGCCCAGAGACCCCAACUCUGCAGUGGUGGUGACGGUGGGUGACGAGCUCGAGGCCCCGGAGCCCAUCACGCGGGGGCCCACCCCACACCACCCUGGUGCCAACCCCAACCCCAGCCCGUCGGUGGGCGUGGUGUGCCCCGUGGAAGAGGAGGAGGAGGCGGCCGCAGCCGAGAAGGAGCCCAGGAGCUACUGGAGCCGCCACUAUAUCGUGGAUCUGCUGGCGGUGGUGGUGCCAGCCGUGCCCACGGUGGCCUGGCUCUGCCGCUCCCAGCGGCGCCAGGGCCAGCCCAUUUACAACAUCAGCUCCCUGCUGCGGGGCUGCUGCACCGUGGCCUUGCACUCCAUCCGCAGGAUCAGCUGUCGCUCGCUGAGCCAGCAGGGCCCAAGCGCCAGCACUGCUGCAGGCGGCAGCUCGCAGCUCUGAGGCCCCAUCCCGGCCCGGGCUCCGGAGGCCUGACUACCGAUUGUAGGGGUGCCGUCCUCCCUCUCGCACCUUCCCGUGGGGCAUCAUCUUAUUUAUUUAGUUUUGGGUUUGGAGGUGGUGUUUUCAGAAUGGUAACAGUGUCAGGGGCUGGGAGCGGGGGGUGGGGGAAGGUGUCCCAAAACUGCAACAGGAGAGAAGGGAAGAGAGAGAGACCAAGGGCAGGGAGGCACAGGGAUGGGACACACUGCAGAGAAAGAAGGUGGUGAGGCCCCCAACCUGGCCCCCCUGCCCACCUGGCCUCUCACACAGGGCAGCCCCUGCUCAGGAAGUCUCUGGUGUGCUGAUCUGGGGAGGCCGGGCUUAACUUGUGUGCCAAGCCUCCCCAUCCCCCACCCCCAUGUCCUGUCCAGUUCCCUGCCCACCCCAAGCCUUCUCUCCCAAGCCACCCCUUGCCCUCAGCCCAGGCUUCUGGGCCGGUAUUACCUCCUCAGACGGAGGCAGCUGCGACCCAAAGUACAGGCAACUGACCGGGACUCCGAGCGGGUCUGGAACCACUUGGCCUGGGCUGAGCUCCAUCCCCUUCCGGCUGCUCCCCGCUUUGGGAGCACGGUCAAGGCCAAGGGCUGGAGGAAAGAUGGUGAUGGGCAGAGGGCGGUGUGGGUUCUGUGUCUGUCUGUUCGUCCCAGAGCUUCCCCACAUCUGUUUUCCUCCUGGCGCUUCUGAGUGUGUCAGAUAAUUUUGUGAGAGCCAGACAGGCGAGUGCCGGGGUGUGAACGCUAGCCUGAGCCCAGCUCCUGUCUGGAGACGCUGCCAGCAGGAAAGGAGGAGGCGGGGGCUGGCAGCUUAAGGGGGCACCUCCAGCCUUCUGAGACAGGGCCCUGCAGCCUGGGAGGCAGGGCUGGACUCGGCAACCGCCAGCUGACUGCUCCAGGUCUGACUGCCCUGGAGCACGCCCUAGUUUAUCCGGGGACCUUAGGACCAGCUUCUGCUUUGCACUGUGUUCACUUUGGGGCUUGCUUCUCACGCAUCCCAGGGUCUCCUGUGACGUGGCUGCUUGCUUUCUAGGAUAAGGAUUCCUAAAUCUUACACCUUUCUGCCUCUGAGGGGAAUUCCAGCGGGAUGAAUGGCAAGAUGAGGUUUUGAAGCCAUGAUGUCCGUCCAGGCCUAAGCAGGGUGUCCUGGGAUGUUUCCCAGGUAGGGGGUGGAGUGGGACUCCCAGCCCAAGCCCAGUCAGCCUGGGAAGGUUCACUGGCCCCCCUCCUUCCCCGGGACCACAUCUAGGUCCCUCUGCAAAGCUGCUGACAUGUUAUUUGCAUUAUUAUUUUACAGAGUAAACCCAUUCCUCUUCCUCUGCAGGGCUUAUACCUAUCUCGUCAUCCCACCCACUCUUCAGAGUUAGGCCCUACAUUGCGGCGGGGGGAGGGUGUUGGUGGGACCCUGUAUCUCACUCACCCCUCUGGCCUAGGGGCCACUCUGGUUCUGCCAAGGUUGCUUGCCCACCCCCGCUGCUCCGACAGCUGUUGCCUGACGCAUGGGCUCUGCCCUUCCUCUCUGUGCCGCCUACUUGAGGGGGGAUGCCUGCAUGCACUGGGGGUGGGCAGCCGGCCCAGCCAUUGUGGGGAGAGCCCCUCUGCCACGCGCUUUGUGCCUCCGAAGCUCCCCUUCCUCGCUCUGGGCCUCAGACCUGCCAUCCUUUGUGGAGCACCCCUCCACCCCAGUCGAACCAAACCCAAACUCUGGGGCCAGGCUGGGCUGCCCCACGGGACCUGGGGGUCGUGACGUGGAGCGGCAGUGGACAAACCCAAAGCCAAGCCAGGACUGGCCGCGGACCCCGCCUCCCGUGCCGCGUCCUCACGGAGCUGCGUGGUGUCUCCUUAGAAAUAGUCAACAGCUUUGCCGAGAAAAUAAAUGUAUGACUAUUAUAUUUGACAACAUAAAAUCUAUAUAUUUUUCACCACUGGAAUCUAGUCGAGCUGCGUAGCCGCUCUGCUCCGGUCUGCGUCUUGCUGUCUGUGGCCUUCCUACUGUGUCUUGUGUUUUGAUGGACGUGGUCAGGGCCGGGGCUGUGGUCCGCUCUGUCCCUGAUGCUGGAGGAGCCGCUCGUGAAGAGCGUGGACCGAGGACUCUGGACAAGGUGAGCGGAGCUGGCCCCGCCCUCUGCUCCUGCUGUGGCUCAAGACCUGCCUGUCUGGUCAGAGGGCCUCCAGCCCACAGUGUUGGGGGUGCCUCUCUUUUGGGGGGUCUGGUGGGACCUUGACGGGCUUUGCCUCUUGUCGGUGGAGGAGGCAGCUCUCUGGCCCAGGCCUGGGACAGACGCUGGGACGGUGUCGGCCAGGCCCCGGCUUGUGCGUGUGUGCAUGUGUGUGCUCGGUAUCCUGCAUCUAUGCAAAAGGGGCAGCGCUGCCUGGGCAGCUCCCAGGGGCGGAGGCGGAGGCGCAGCGGCCCACGGGCUCAGGCUCCAAGCCCUGACUGCAGGACACAGGAUGUGGGACCAGGAAGCGAGGCCAGGGCCCGGGGGCCUCCCGCUAAGUGCUCAUCCUCCAAGGCUCCCCUUUUCCUUCCUGCUUAAUACCACCUCCUGCUGGGCUGUGACCUUUCCCUCCCGCCCUCCGCUUCUGCAGCAGAGAUCUUUGGGGUCUGUCCCCAGCCUCUGGCCAGAGCUGAUUAGAUCCUAAGGGACCAUGUUCUCAGGAACCACCUUCUGGAACUGCUGGUCCCUUGGGGUCCCACCUCCAGAAGUGGCUUCUCCUAAGCUAUAGGGUCCAGUCCAGAGCUGUUGUGCUGCUCCUCUCGUCCAGGCUCAAAGCAGAAAUCAGUCUGGGGCCGGGACUCUGCUCAGAGAGCUGGCCUCAAAUGGAGUUUAUCCCAAAUAUCUCCCAAGGGGAUAACUUAGCUUUUCACUGAAUACCCUUCCCAGUCGCCACUAGCACAGGGGUAUCUGGCAGCACCUUGGGGGGUGGGGUGGGGGCAGAUGACAAGGUUCUGGGGUAAAGGCCUACAGAGGGGCCUCUGCCCAGGGAAAUCAUUACCCCCCUGGCCUAGGGAUCAGUGCACACAAGUCACAGUGCACUGCUACAUUCAGCCAUGCCCUUGACAGAGAAUUCAGGGGAUACAGGAGGGGGAGGUGGGGAGGGGUCUUCACUUUUGUCUUCUUUGUCCUUUUGAUCAGACAGAGUUGUACCUACAGCAGACAGCUCUGAAUUAAAGCAUGAAAACACAACAAGA